GAAAGAGGCCAAAAUGGCGUUGAGGCUUUUAAGGUCGGCAUCUUCUGUCACAAAAACGCUCACUGGACGACAAAAGCUUCCUGUGUGGUGUUUGGCAAGCAGCAGGACUUUUUCAGCACAGCCAGAACUUGUCCUUAAUGUGCCAGAAACCAAAUUGACCCAAUUGCCCAAUGGUUUCAGAGUAACCUCUGAAGACUCUGGUCUUCCCACCUGUACGGUGGGUCUUUUCAUUGAUGCUGGCAGUCGUUAUGAAGAUCCAUCUAAUAAUGGAACGGCACACUUUUUAGAACAUCUUGCUUUCAAGGGCACUGGAAGCAGAACAAAAACUCAGCUGGAGCUGGAGGUGGAGAACAUGGGUGCCCAUUUAAACGCCUACACUUCUAGAGAAACCACUGUGUAUCACGCUAAGAUAUUCUCUCAGGACAUAGAAAAAGGGGUAGAGAUCCUCGCAGACAUUGUUCGUAACAGUAACCUGAACGAGGAGGACAUAGAGCAGGAACGCAGCGUGAUUUUGCGAGAAAUGCAGGAAGUGGAGACCAACCUGCAGGAGGUGGUGUUUGACUACCUCCACAUGACUGCCUAUCAAAACACUCCCCUGGGGAUGACCAUCCUGGGGCCUGAGGACAACAUCAAGUCAAUCAGGCGAGCAGAUCUGAAGCAGUAUGUAGAUACCCAUUAUGUAGCUCCCAGAAUGGUGCUAGCAGCAGCAGGAGGUGUGGAUCAUGAUAAACUGGUUAAGCUUGCUGAGAAAUAUUUUGGUGAUAUGCCAGAAACUAAAGAAGACUUCACACCAGCAAAAUGCAAGUUCACAGGCGCUGAUACACGUGAGCGUGAUGACUACAUGCCCCUAGCCUAUGUGGCCAUAGCGGUGGAGACGCCAGGCUGGAAGCACGCGGACACCAUCCCCCUCCAGGUGGCCAGCAUGAUGGUGGGAGCAUGGGAUAGGUCCAAGGCGGCCGGAAAACAUCAGGGCGGACUUAUUGCUAAAUGUGUCGAAUUGGGGCUCUGCAACAGUUUCAUGUCCUUUAAUACAUUGUACAAGGACACUGGGCUUUGGGGCAUCUAUUAUGUGAGUGAAGCGGAAAAAGUUUAUGACAUGGUAGAUCAGUUCCAAGCGCAGUGGAUGCACAUGUGCAAAAACCUGACCGAAUACGAGGUGAAUCGUGCCAAGAACCUCUUGAAGACUAGCCUGAUGCUUGGUUUGGAUGGCACCACCAACAUCUGUGAGGACAUCGGCAGGCAAACUCUGACCUAUGGACACCGCAUUCCUAUGUAUGAAAUGGUGGAGCGUAUCAAUAGAAUUACCCCCAACUCCCUAAUGAAGGUGAUGAAUACUUACGUCUAUGAUAAAGAUGUGGCCGUGGCCGCAGUUGGUCCAUUAAUCGAUUUUUUCGAAUACAACAGAAUCCGCAGUGGCAUGUGGCAGCUACGAAUUUAACCCCUUGGUAGACUAGCUAAUAUUUAUCUGUAGGUGAUUGAAAAGGAGGGAAAAAAAGAAGUGAACAAUUUGAAUGUACAUAGCCACAGUUUGGAAAAAUGUUGAAAACAAGGACUGAGUUGCAUAUGUCUCUGUUGUCUUAAAGAUAGAUAUCAUCACUUUGAAGUAUGCACCGGAAACUUAGUGACAUUUGAUUGCAGUUUGAAAUCAGAAAAUAAAACAAAUAUUAUAUAAAUAUUUAAA